UCGCUGCGUAGCCUACUAUCACCGAUGCUCACAGAGCGAGAGUGAUGAUCUACUUUGCUCUGACAGGCUCGUUAAGGAGUAGCCGAUACUGUUUCUCCUCCUACUCGACCUGUCAUCACCCGUAAUAAGAAAAUACUUUCCACCUCCAAACCACCACCCCCCGUCAAUUUCUUCAAACUCACUUCCACCGACGCGGGACUCACUUUUUUAAUGAGUGAGCCAACCAUGUCCCACCAAGACCAGCCGGCUCCCACGGAAAGCCUCGCCGCCCAAGCCCCCCCAAACUCCGGCUACAACACCAAUCCCGCACCUGUCAUCACUCAGACGGAUUCCAGGGACAAAUGGAGCAAAAAAAUAGAUUUUCUGUUGUCUGUCAUUGGCUUUGCCGUGGAUCUUGGAAACGUCUGGAGAUUCCCAUAUAUUUGCUACCAAAACGGAGGAGGGGCGUUCCUCAUUCCCUACAUUCUGAUGGCCAUUUUUGGCGGGGUGCCACUCUUCUACAUGGAGCUGGCGCUGGGGCAGUUCCACAGGACGGGGGCCAUCUCCAUCUGGAAGCACAUCUGCCCCAUCUUCAAAGGGAUAGGAUUCGCCAUCUGCAUCAUCGCGCUGUACGUGUCCUUCUACUACAACACCAUCAUCGCCUGGGCCCUGUACUACUUCUACUCCUCCUUCGCCAGCACGCUGCCGUGGACCCACUGCGACAACCCCUGGAACACGCCCAACUGCACCAACUACUUCGGCAAGAGCAACGUCACCUGGACCAACUUCUCCAGGUCGCCCGCCGAAGAGUUUUACACGCGGAACGUUCUGGAGAUCCACAGGUCCUCGGGGCUCCGUAACGUCGGCGGGAUCCGCUGGCAGCUCCUGCUCUGCCUCUUCCUCAUCUUCACCAUCGUCUACUUCAGCCUCUGGAAGGGAGUGAAGACUUCUGGGAAGGUGGUUUGGGUUACCGCCACCCUGCCAUACGUGGUCCUCUUCAUCCUGCUCAUCCGCGGUGCCACCCUCCCGGGCGCCUGGAGGGGCGUGGCCUUCUACCUGAAGCCGAAAUGGGAGAAGCUUCUGGAGACCAGUGUGUGGGUGGACGCCGCCGCUCAGAUCUUCUUCUCGCUGGGGCCCGGGUUCGGCGUUCUCCUCGCCCUCGCCAGCUACAACCCCUUCACCAACAACUGCUACCGCGAUGCCAUCGUGACCAGUCUGGUGAACUGCCUGACCAGUUUCGUGUCCGGAUUUGUCAUUUUCACCGUGCUGGGGUACAUGGCUGAGAAGAGGAAUGUGGAUGUGGAGGAUGUGGCCAAAGAUAAAGGACCCAGUCUGCUUUUCAUCACCUACCCAGAAGCCAUUGCAAAUAUGGUGGGCUCCACCUUUUUUGCCAUCAUCUUCUUCGUGAUGAUGAUCACGCUCGGCCUGGACAGUACGUUCGGAGGUCUGGAGGCCAUCAUCACCGCGGUGAUGGACGAGUACCCCGAAUAUCUGGCCCACCGCCGGGAGCUGUUCGUCCUGGGCCUGGUCUCCGUCUGCUUCCUGGGGUCCCUCAGCACCCUCACAUACGGUGGAGCCUAUGUGGUGAAGCUCUUGGAAGAGUUUGGCGUGAGCUGUUCCAUAAUCGCCGUUGGCUUCCUGGAGGCCAUUGCCGUUUCCUGGUUCUAUGGCAUCCAGAGAUUCACCAACGAUAUCAAAUCCAUGCUGGGCUACACUCCAGGAAUCUUCUGGAAAGUCUGUUGGGUGGCCAUCAGCCCUGCGUUUCUAGCUUACAUCAUCGUCAGCUCCCUGCUGUACCAGGCCCCCCUCACUCUGUUUGACUACCGGUACCCGGACUGGAGCCUCACCGUGGGCUACUUCAUCGGCGCCUCGUCCUUCAUGUGGAUCCCCAUAUACAUGGUCUACAAGCUGGUGUGGACGCCUGGGUCCCUCAAGCAGCGCCUGGCCGUUUGUCUGCGGCCCGAGAGGACCGUGCCGGACCUCCAGACGGACUCCCUCAGCAUGACCCCCGUCCCCUAGAGAGCACCCCGAGAAACGGGGACCGAAUCGGGGGGGUACGCCGCCCGCGUGCACCACCAACGGGGGCGAACCACCUGCGACCAACGAACUGCCUAAAAACGAAACGAAACAAGACGAAACAAGACGAAGCAAAACGAAGCAAAACGAAACAAAACGAAACAAGAGCGUCCAUUCAUUUUUUCACAGACUUGAGACAAAAAAAAGAAAUUGAUUUAAAAACAAAGGAAAACUACAAGUGCAGCGUUCAUUUUUGUUUUGUUUUUAUUUUUUUCAACCGACGAGAGAGAAGCGCUGUGUUGAAGCUCUCUCCCUUCAGCUCUGAGCCUGGUUGACGGCGAAGGUAGGAGGAAUAAAAGGGGGGAGACUAAUAUUAAGAUGAAUAAACGCCUAUUCAGUAACAGGGAUGCUGGGAGGGACUGUGGUUUCUGCUGUGCUGAGAAAGUGAAAAUAUAUGUGUGUGUGUGUGUGUGUGCGCGCGCGCUUGUGUGUAUGUGUGUGUGUGUGUGUCUGUGGGAACGAAAUUACAAUAAAACUGCUCCAAAGUGUUUCAACUAGGGGAUGCUGUGAGCGUGCAUCCACCCAACAUCCGUGCCCUGCUGUAGCAUGUGUAUGGCCGGUGCCAUCUGAGUCAGGGUGAGUUUUCCCGUAGAGAGAGCAGGCCACUGCCAUGACCGUUCGUGCUUUCCUAAUCUCUGCCCUCAAACUGGGCGAGGAAAUGGGCCUUAAGAGAAAACUCAUCGACAGAACUAAAGCCCUGCGUGUCUUGAUUUGCUUCCUUUGCUUAUAACCUCUCGAUGGUGUA